UAACAGAUACCAAUUCCGUAUGAACCGAAUGGAUUUGUUCUUGUCUUUCCUUAACUAAGUUGUCUUAAUCUAAACCUCGGACAGUGGUGAAACAGGAAAAAGAGCAGGCUCGAGGAGAUACAUAUAUACAUCUAUAUACAUAUGAUUUUCAUUUUCUAUUCAUUGCAAUAAAGAAUUUGGAAUUAGGGCACAGCUCAGGAAUGGCCGUGUUCGAUUGAUCAAUUUUGCAGUCUCUCUUGAAAUCGCAGUUGAAGAAGAAAUGAGCGAUCAUCAUUCUCACUCCGACUCCUCUCCUCUCAUCGCUCCUUCUCCGAUCACCGCUCCCGUCGCCAGUAGCACCGAGAUCGACCUCGAAGCCGGCCCCGACGACCAAAUUCAGUGCCGAAUUUGCCUCGAAACUGACGGUAGGGAUUUUAUUGCCCCUUGCCAAUGUAAGGGUACUGCAAAGUAUGUUCACCGGGAAUGCCUGGAUCAUUGGCGUGCUGUGAAGGAAGGUUUUGCAUUUGCUCAUUGCACAACUUGUAAGGCUCCAUAUCGUUUGAGAGUUCAUGUUAUUGCUGAUAGGAGAUGGCGAACUCUAAAGUUCCGGUUCUUUGUGACUAGAGACAUUCUGUUUAUAUUUCUAGCAGUUCAACUUGUGAUUGCUUUAUUGGGAUACUUCGUGUAUCUAAUUGAUUUGUAUCAGAAGGCUUGGCUUCGUCUCACUUGGGGUUUUGAUAGCGAGCUAAGUUUCUACUAUAUAUGCGGCGCCCUGCUGUUUUUUGCUUUACUAGGCCUCUCUGGUUGCUUCAUUACCUGCUAUGACCGGAGAGUGCGGAAUGAUUUAGCUCAGCCAUGUCGAGAGUUAUGUCUUUGCUGCUGUCAUCCUGGGCUGUGUGCGGAUUGUCAUUUGCCCGGCACACUUUGCAUGUGGACGGACUGUACCACAUGCUUCGAAGGUUGUGCCGGUGCGGCCAGUGAAUGUAGUGGUUGCUUAGGCGGUGCUGGUGAAGCUGGGUUGCCGCUAUUGUUUAUAAUGGCCUUAAUCGUGCUUGGACUAUUUACCGUGAUAGGUAUAUUCUACAGCGUGUUAGUGGCUACAAUGGUUGGACAAAGGAUUUGGCAGCGCCACUAUCACAUUCUUGCGAAACGAAUGCUGACUAAAGAAUACGUCGUGGAAGACGUUGAUGGGGAGAUGACCGGAUCCGAUUGGUCACCGCCACCUCUCCCGGCAGAGCACGUUCAGCAGCUUAAAUCACUCGGACUUCUGUAAACUUUGAAGGGCUCGAAACUCAAAACAGCUGAAGAACGCGAGAUGAACUAACUGAACUGAGACGAGCGGAGUCGGGUGAUUUUGGGUUAAAAGAAAGAAGAGUAUAUUUAACUGAGAUAAACAUCUAACAGAUAAAAGAAAUAUGACGUCUGUCUGUGAUUCACUCCAUCACUUGUAACUUUUAUUAUUGUCAGAAACCUCAUUUAACUUUUUGUGCUGUGAAGAAAGAUAGGAUUCUUAAUUUUCUUGUCCAGAUGAAGCUGUGCAAAGAGUUGUCGGAUCUGCCAAUUUCAAGAAAAAAUAUAUAUUAUUAUAUCUGUUUAUAUUUGUCUAUAAAUAUUGUGUAUCUAUUCAUU